UUUUAACCACCUAAACUCUCUCCAAAAUAAAGGAGAUAGAGAUACCAAUCUAUCUUCUUACUUCUUAGUCAUUCCCUCAUUCCAUAACUCUCAAAGACACAUCUCCCUCUCUCUCUCUCAAAUCCGGCAUGGCCGGAGCCACCACCAUCCUCGCACUCACCAUCCUCACCCUCUCAUCCCUUCUCCACCCCACAAACUCCCACCAAUUCUCCACAAACCUCAGCAAACGAGCAAUGGGGAUAUCAACUAAGCGAGAGAAACUAAGCCACCUCCACUUCUACUUCCACGACAUCGUCAGCGGCCGCAACCCCACGGCCGUCCGCAUCGCCGAGGCCGCCGCCACCAACUCCUCCGCCACGGGCUUCGGCUUCGUGGCGAUGAUAGACGACCCCCUCACCUCCGGCCCCAACUACAUGAGCUCCGAGAUCGUGGGGAGAGCGCAGGGCCUGUACGGCUCCGCCGAUUUGAGCGAGGUGGGGCUUCUCAUGGUGAUGAAUUUCGCCUUCGUGGCGGGGAAGUUCAACGGCAGCACGCUCAGCGUGCUGGGCCGGAACGCGGUGUUCAGCGCCUUGAGGGAGAUGCCGGUCGUCGGCGGAAGCGGCGCUUUCCGGUUUGCGAGGGGGUAUGCUCAGGCGAGGACUCAUUUCUAUGACUUCAAAACUGGGGAUGCUGUUGUUCAGUAUAAUGUUUUUGUGUUGCAUUAUUAGCGUUUUUACGUUUGUGAUGGAUCCGCGAAUUUCUGAUGUUAGUAAUUGCUGGUAGAGAAUGAAAACUACGACACAAAGAAUUUACGUGGUUCGAUUUA